AUGUGGAAGCUACUGAUUCUCGGUGUCUUGACCUCUCUUGUCGCCGUGGAUGCUCAGCGUUACCGACAUGCAUACCGCCGGAGGAUUGGAUUUCAACGGCCCGAAACGCUGGCCUACGCUUCAACGAUUCGGGACGGUGGCUCGGACUCUCUGUACCCCCCGCAGCCCUAUCAGUUCGGCUUCAACACUGUCGAUGAAUUCGGUACGAAAAUGACCAGACACGAAGAAUCUGAUGCGCAGAAUCGAAAAAAGGGAUCGUACUCCUUCACGGACGCCUAUGGCAUCACUCGGCGCGUGGACUACGUCGCUGACGAGCACGGUUUCCGAGCUACUGUGAACACCAAUGAACCUGGAACAGCCCCUUCGCAACCAGCUUCCACCAUAAUUAAUGCCCCCGCUCAACCCGCAUUGAGAGCUGCUUCAUCCUAUCUCGCUCCCGUGCAGCGAGCUCCGGCGGGCAUCUACCGCACCCCCUACCGCCGCCAGCGGGCCUACAGAGGAUACUAUCAUCUCUCAUAA